AAGCAGCUGCAAGUGCUGUGCCGUGAGCAUGGGUUGAAUACGCGAGGGAAAAAGGCAGACCUGAUCGAGCGCCUCGCUGCCGCAGUGCCUCCGAGUCCAAAUACAGUGCCUCCUACCACCACACCCACCAUCCCAGAAGCCAGUUCUCCAUCCUUGGUGCUGCUCCCAACUGUGAAUUCCCGCGUGCCGGCAGGCCAUGCACCCACAAGCCUGUCCCCCAGGACCUGGAGAUGAUGUCGAUCUGCUUGCGUCGCAUGACGCAAGCCAGCUGGCCCGUUCCUUCCAGGAUGCCUACAAUGGCAGUGAUGGGGGCAUCAUGGACGACGACAUGGACGACGAUGGUGCUCACACGGCUGGAAAUGUUCAGGAUGACGAGGAACUGGUGGUGCAAGCAAGCGGCCCGUGUUUGGUGGCCAUCAAUGAUGCUAAAGCUUGGGUGGACCAAUUCAUCAUGAGCACCCGACGAAAGGGCGGACAGCAAAUGGAGAAGAGUGUGCUCAACAUUUGGAAGCGCUGGUUGACUGCUGCAAUUGCAUCAGGUGAAGUCCCAGAUAUGAUAAUUGAUGCACACCACAUCAUCCAGUACUUGAAGUACACCGCUACCCACAAGCUCCUCUCGCGAAAUGGCUGUGAACGUGAUUCUGCGCAUGGGUCCCUCUCUGCGAGCUUGUUCAAGAAAACCAUGGUAAUGCUUGGUCGUGUCCGACGCCGUCAGGUUGACGACAGCCUAUCUCUCGAGCAUGCACGUCCCAUAUUCACACCAUGUAUCUCUGACUUUUAUAAAGCACUGAUGGUUCAAGCACAGCGCCUCCAUCUCGAGCGUGAAGACUUCGACAUCACCAAAAACACAAUCCUCGACUCACACCUUUUUCCAGAGCACUUUGAACAAGUCAAGAAAUCAGUGUUCAUGCACCUCACGCAGCUGCCAUCUAUCAUCAAGGGUCACCAAUGCUGGACUUGGCAAUGUACGACACUCAAUCGGGGUGACGAGCUGGUCAAUCUGCCGCUCUCGUGCAUCCAGCCUUACAAGAUCUUCAUCCCAGACUAUACGACAGCCGAUGGGAGAAGGAGCGGCAGCGGACAGUUUUUUUUUGGUGUUUUGUCGUUGUACCAUGAGACCAAGGUUGCAAAACCUGGCGUGAGCAUCUGAUCUUCCCGCACUGAGCCCUUUUUUACAUUUGCUAUGUGAUUUUCUACCUGUAGAAGCAGGAACCAGAAUACAACUUUGUGC